GCCUUUUCAAAACCACAAGUUUUCGCGCUUUAAAACUUUUCUCGAACAAUAAUGGAUAAUACUCUCUCUCUCUUUACCUACGAAAACCCUCUCCAAAACCCUAAUAUCCCAAGAAUUCAAUUCCAAUACUCAGCGUCCGAAUCGCUUCCCAUGAGCAUCAAACCUAUUUCUUGUUUUGGAAAUUAAACUCAUUUUCUCCGAAGGAAAUUUGGGUUAGGUUUUUGGGCUAAAAAAUGUCGACCUGCAGUCACAAUCAACCACCAUCUUCAUCGUCUUCCUCUUCUUCAUCGGCCAAGAUGCACUUGAAUUCGCAUAAUCCGAGCAAAAGGGUUACGGCGACGUCGAAGAACCAUUUGGCAAAGAAGCGCCAGGCUCUUGCCGAUGUUACCAACCAAAAGAAUGGUUCUCAGAGGGGUUCACGAACCUCUGUUUCUUCGUCGGAGCCUAGGGUGGCAUGUGUGGCUAAAAUUGCCAAAAUAAAGAAGGAAUUUUCGACCUGCUCUCGAAAUGCGGGUCUCUCAGAAUGCACAUUGUCUGCAUCCAUGAGUUCAAAAUCAACUGUUUUGGUUCCUAUCAGCAAUGCAUCUUCCCCUGGAACUCUUCAACCUAUUGCAGAAGCUGCAGCCUCUCCUUGUCCAAGGAGAAAGGAUACUGUUCUGACUACUCAAAGCAAUAUAGUUGAUGAACCCAGAUGCGUGGAUGCUUCUCCUUGUAGAUCAGUUAGUGGUUCAAUUUCUUUGGACCAGAGCAUCUCCACUUGCGAUUCUUUGAGGAGCCCAGAAUUUGAAUAUAUUGACAAUAUGGAAGCUUCAGGAAUUAAGUCUAUUGAGAGGAAGACAAGUAACAGUCUCUACAUUUCAGAUGAUUUGGAAGUAGCCGGAAGUAGAUACUACAAAGAUAUAUUUGCAAAGCUGGAAAGAAUUGAAAAAGUUGUUGAUAUUGAUAAGAAUUUCACGGACCCACAAUUUUGUGCAUCUAUUGCUUCUGACAUAUUCAAAAACUUGCAUGCAGCUGAGGCUACUAAAAGACCUUCUGUGAACUUUAUGGGAAGGAUCCAGAAAGAUAUUAAUGCCAACAUGCGUGCGAUAUUGGUUGAUUGGCUUGUGGAGGUUGCUGAAGAGUACAUGCUUGUACCCGAUACACUAUUUUUGACUAUUAACUACAUAGAUCGCUAUCUUUCUGGCAACGUGAUGAAUAGGAAACAUUUGCAAUUGCUUGGUGUUGCAUGCAUGAUGAUUGCAGCUAAAUAUGAGGAGAUUUCACCACCCAGUGUGGAAGAGUUCUGUUAUGUAACUGACAAUACAUUUUCUAAGGAGGAGCUGCAGGUUUUGAAAAUGGAAACCUCUGUGUUGAACUACUUGAAGUUUGAAAUGACAGCUCCAACAGCUAUAGGUUUCUCGAGGCGAUUUGUUUCUGUGGCUCAAGUGACCAGUGAGGCUCCGCCAGUACAGAUGGAGUGCUUGGCCAGUUAUAUCAUAGAGUUGUCUCUAGUUGAGUACAGUAUGCUUUGCUAUGCCCCAUCUCUAAUUGCUGCAUCUGCUACUUUCUUGGCCAAAUAUAUACUUUCUCCUACAAAGAAACCUUGGAAUUCUACAUUGAGGUAUUACACAUUUUACAAAGCUUCUGAUUUGUCUGACUGUGUAAAGGCAUUGCAUCACCUGUACCGUAAUGGCAUCAGUUCUAAUCUACCUGCAGUAAGAGAGAAGUACAGUCAACAUAAGUACAAGUUUGUGGCAAAGAAGUACUGCCCUAUGUCAAUACCUCCAGAGUUCUUCGAAGAUUUGAACGACUAGAUGUGUGCACAACCUUGUUCCUUUCUAUGUCAUAUGAAAAUUUGAUUUCAUAAAAUCUUUUCAAACAACUGUUGGAUAUUCAGGGAUUCAUGUUGUAAUAUAUGUUUUUGUAAUCAUGAACUUCAAUGAAGUUAUAAUCUUGUGAAAAAAUAGAUGUCAUUGCAUAUAUUAGAUUAGAAUCAGAUGCAAAUAGUUGUAAUCAUUACAAUUUCUCUUGUUACCAACUUUGCUUUCGUUUGAUCAUA